UAGCGGAUUAGAAGAAGAUAGGAAAGAAGAGCAGAGCAGAAAGACAGUAGCCGACUCCUCCCUCCCUCCCUCCCAGUGCACAGCCAUGGCCACCACAACCUUAUCCCUCCACGGGCUCCCUUCCCCGACCGCCAAGAAGCUCACCUCCUCCUUCCUCGGCGCCCCCUCCUCCUUUCUCCGGCCGGCGGCGCUUGCCGCCGCCGCCCCGCCCACGCGGAGGGUGUUCGCCGUCAGGGCCAUGGCGCCCCCCAAGCCCGGGGGCAAGCCCAAGAAAGUGGUGGGCAUCAUAAAGCUGGCGCUGGAGGCGGGCAAGGCGACGCCCGCGCCACCCGUCGGACCGGCGCUCGGUGCCAAGGGUGUGAACAUCAUGGCCUUCUGUAAGGAUUACAAUGCCAAGACGGCCGACAAGCCCGGCUACAUUAUCCCCGUCGAGAUCACCGUGUUCGAUGAUAAGAGCUUCACCUUUAUCCUCAAGACACCUCCUGCCUCAGUACUGCUCCUCAAGGCUGCAGGUGUCGAAAAAGGCUCAAAGGAGCCACAACGUGAGAAGGUUGGAAAGGUGACUGUGGACCAAGUACGCACGAUCGCCCAGGAGAAGCUGCCUGACUUGAACUGCAAAACCAUUGAGUCUGCCAUGAGAAUCAUAGCGGGCACUGCCGCUAACAUGGGCAUCGAUGUCGACCCACCGAUCCUGGUGAAGAAGGAGAAGGUGGUCUUCUAGUCAGCUCGCCUCCAUCUGUACAUUUUUUGCUUCAUUUUUGUACACAAAUAUGUUGUGGUGCACAGUUGUGAUAUUCUUCUAGGCAAAUUUGUAAUCAUUUGCUUCGGUAUCAUAGAGUGCUCUCGCGGUGCAGGUAGGCCUGUCGACUAUAUGUUUUUGGUCACAGAAGUUUCAUCAUUUUGAAAUUCAUAUCAUCAUUGCUCUAUUAA